AUGGCCCCCGACGUCCUGGAUAGGUUGGCCCGAUGGGGCAUCACCGGGAAUCUACUCCAGUUCUUGAAGGAUUUCCUUGUCGGAAGGACGUUCCAGGUGAUCGUCGGGAACAACCGAAGCAGCCCACACGACGAAGAAACCGGAGUCCCACAAGGAUCGGUAAUUGCGGUCACCAACUUUCUGGUGGCCAUGAGCGGAAUCUACCAGACCAUCCCAAGGGGCGUAUUCCUCAAGGUGUACGCCGACGACAUCACCUUGAUUGUGAUCGGAAUGCACCCGAAGGCCAUAAGGAGGAAAGCCCAAGCAGCCAACACCGCCUUCGGCAAAUGGGCCGCCAAAGCCGGAUUGGACAUCUCCGCCGCCAAGUUUGGGAGGUUGCACAUCUGCGCGGAAAACCACCAGCCGCCACGGAAACCCAUCACCCUAAACCAGGAGGCCAUCCCCACCAAAAAGACUUUGAAGACCCUUGGCGUCACCCUGGACCGGCAUCUCACCCUGCAGGCCCACUUCGACCAGGUCAAGAAGAGCUGCAAGAGCCGUUUAAACCUUCUUCGGAGCAUCUCGAGCAAAAGAACUUGGAGAGACAGAGCCACCCAUCUGAGGGUCGCCAACGCCAUCAUUGGCAGCCGGAUAACGUACGGCAUCGAGCUAACCUGCCGAGCUCAAGACCGUUUAAUCAGGACGCUAGCACCCAUCCACAACAGGGCCAUUAGAACCAUUUCCGGCCUGCUCCCCUCAAGCCCCGCAGGCGCAGCAUGCGCCGAAGCUGGCGUUCUGCCCUUUCGGCACAAAGUCGCGCUGACCACCUGCAACCGAGCCAUCGCAAACCUGGCCCUCCAAACCGCGGCCAACGCCACGCUUCCCCCGGUGGCUGGUCUCCACCGGCUUGGGCCGAGAAGCUGGUCGGCCAGGGUACCCGAAGUGGACAACACGAUCAAGAAACGUUUCAGACGGCAGGCUCAACCUCAGCAAGUUCAGGCACAUUUCCACGAAAGGAUUAGGAAACGGUACCACAAUUGGGCGAUCCGGUACAGCGACGGCUCCAAGGUAGGCGAACGAGUGGGAGUGGGAGUUCACGGUACCGAACCUGAACAACAACACCGACUUCCGGCGGAAUGUUCAGUCUUCUCGGCUGAAGCUGCAGGGAUUUUCCAAGCAAUAACAGCCCCAAGAGACCGACCCGUACUUGUUGUGACUGACUCGCAGAGCGCUAUCUCAGCAAUCGAGAGCCCAAAAGCGAAACACCCCUUCAUUCAGGGCGUCCAGGCAGAAUUAGAUUCCGCCGAACACCUGACAGCUCUAAUGUGGAUCCCCGGGCACUGCGGAAUUCGCGGAAACGAGCGAGCCGACGAGCUGGCUGGCAUCGGCAGGAACAGCCCCCUCCUUACACCGAAAACCCCAGCAGACGACGUGAAAAACUCCGGCUUCCACCGACAAUGCGAAAUCUGUGUCACACCAAACACGGUCGAGCACUUCUUGUGCACCAUCCCAGUUUACGAGGCCCUCCGUCAGACGCACCAGGUGACAGACGUCCCCGGGUCACUGGCCAACGACAAAGUCAACGAGCGCCAAGUAAUCAACUACCUCAAGGAAGCUGGCCUCUUUGACAACAUUUGA